CAUGCAAAUGGAGCCCCGAAGGUGCUUGCAGCUCUUGUCAUCUUGCUGGUCCACUCCCAGAACAUCAUUGUCUUUGGAGAGGCAUACUCCUUUGUAGAGAUCUUCAGUGGCGCUGGGUGGGUAGCCCGCUGUAUGAGGACUGCAGGGCUGCCAACGGCUCAAAUAGAUCUAUGCUUGUCGGAGGAUGGUUUGCUGGGUGGUCCGAAGAAUUACAUGGAUCUAUUGACAGAGAGUGGUUUUGCGUUGGCUCUGUGUUGCAUCUUGAAUGCAAGAAUGGACCAGUUUACAUGCUUGAUUGCAUUGGUCUGUUCCUCGUUUGUUUCAAUCAACAAGGGCACAAACAAACGCUAUCCAUUUUCACCCUAUGGUGACAUGAAUGUACCAUCAGUGGCUGAUGGCAAUAUCCUGGCUAGCCGGUGCUGUUUGAUGAUGCACUUGGUGGCAGCUAUGGGUGGUUGCUGGAUCCUGGAGCAAAGCAGGUCUUCCACACUACCUUGGCUACCUUGUUUCAGGGAGAUGAUGCGAACACAAAAGAAGGUGUAUGUUGUGACCUGGUGGAUGGGCUUGUACAAGGGAUACUUUCCAAAACGCCACAUAGCCUGGUCAAAUUCACCCUCUGUGGCCAAGCUGGAUCGUGGAAAACUAUGCAAAGAACGACGUGCUGAAUUGGCAUCAUUGGGUAUGAAGACUACCAAAACAUACAAGUCCGAGGGCAAAACCAAGUUUUCUGGAUCAAAGCACUUACGAGAAACACAGGUCUACCCUCCACAAUUUGGACUCCGACUUGUGCGCCUAUUCCCUGAUCUUUGUGCGAGCAGGGAAAUCUGGGAUGCUGAUCAGGGUUCCAUGAGCAUGAGUACUGAAUCUCUUUUCUCCACUAUGGAGUGGGGUGAUUUGUGGGAGGAAGCCAAAGCAGCAACAGAAGAUGAAGUGAAGAGGUCUAAGGGGAAAAGUGUCACCACCCCUUGGACAGCUGCCAAAGCAGCACCCAAGCCGAAGAGCAAAGCAAAGGGUGAGACUCCUGGGGAGACCCCGGUAAAGGAGAACAAGCGGUGCUCCAAGCCACCACCUGAAUCCACCCCUGAAAAUGGUGAUGUUCCCUCACCAGCCCAACCUGGGAGAAAACGUGUUCGGGGGAAGAAGGAAGAUGUAGAGGACCCGAAUGGCCAAGUGAAGACCUUGAAAGAGGCCAAUGAAAAGAUGAGGGCAAAGCUAGCAGCUCUACAGGUGCAGUUGAACAAAAAAGACAAAGUGACCCCAACUACAACGCCGAAGACCCGUCCGGCACCCCGUUCCAGUGCCUCUACCACAGCAUCCACGUCGGCUCCGCCUGACGAGCAGGACUCUGAUGCUGAGACAGACACCCAACCGAGUGAGGCGGCCAAGAGAAACCGCCUCAGGAGGCUUUGUGAGAGAAAGCCGAGUGGAAAGUUGAAUGUUCCUGAAGCCAUCCACCUCAAGUGGAAAGCAGGGGGUCAAGAGAGGAAGGAAUUGGAAGACUUACUUGAAGCCGCUGACUUUGACAAGGCCUCAUUUGCUGGCGGGCCUGUCAAGCUGACCCAGCUUGGCAAGACCAGGCGUGCUCUUGACCUGGCUGCUGCAGCAGCUGACGAUUCUGGGGCAUCGGAUGGGGAACCAACUGUGGCCAAUGACCCCAAAGAGGACCACACAAAGCUGAACUUCUUCUGUGAGUACAACAACUUCAAGAAGUUUGCUGACUCUCUCUUGGCAAAGUCGAUUGUGAACCUUGACAAAGCCGUGGACAUCCUGGCGGAGCACUAUGAGAUGUGUGAGGGUGUGAAGGCAGAGGUGUACAAAGGUUACUUCUACAGAGGUCAGUGCCUGCGCAAUGACCGCGUGGACACGUCGAGCAAUGUCCUCCGCAAUUGUGCCAAGCUGAUUGGAAAUGGAGCUGGGGGCCCAAAGUUCUGCCAGCAAGGUGGUGCACUUGAACUCUGGCACUGCAUGAACGCAUGGGGGUUCCUCAUUGCCAUUGGCUUUAGGCUGGAGACGCCACUACCUGUUGAGAAGGCUAGCUUGGAGUUCAUGGACUACUUUACCAGGGGUGAGGACCAGCAAAUGGGUGUUGUCAAGUCUCCCGCGGUCCUUGGAGAGCGGCCCAUCACGAAGAACUAUGAAGCCCCAGCUUCACACAUCGUGGAGCUCGCCAAAGCUGAAGUGGCUGACAAUGCCAACCCCAGUCGGGCAAUGGUUGACUUUGCCAAGAUUCCCCUAGAGCAUGCUGAAGAGGGCUGCCAUGAAGUGUUCUUGAAAUAUGGCUUUGCAGCUCCAAUCGAGAUUGAAAAGUUAAAUCUUGGUUUGGGGAGCCUUUCCCAAUUUCCUUUCUUGAAAUUCAGCAGCUGGGCGCAGUUUCUGCUAGAUCGGGGACAAGUGCCCAUGCAAAUGUGUGGGUGCAAGAAUCUUAGAGCCAUGAGAGAUGUCCUUGGUGAGUUCUGGAAGAGAUACAAAGCUUUGCAUCCAAACCACCAACUCUUCCAGAUUGUGCAGGGUGAUGAUGAGCGUCUGCGAAGGACGAUCCCUGUCUAUUCACACACUGAUGAGGGCAGGACAUACAAGCAUGAAGCACUAUUUGUGCUCAGCACCCAUUCAUGUUUGGGAAGGGGCACGUCCAGCUAUGUGCUCAAGGGGAAGCACGCCUUGCCUUUGAGACGAAGAGGGCUGGGUUUGAACUUCAUAGGUUCGACUUGGAGCACUCACUUCCUUUCUGCAGUCCUCUUACAUGAGGUGGAGAAGGAGAAUCCAGGUGUCCUGGCAGGUAUAGUGGCUGCCUAUGCACAAGACAUGUCAUCCCUAGCCACACAUGGCCUGUCGUUGGAUUCAGAUGGUGAUGCAAAUGAGCGAAUCUAUUUCCAGCAUGUGGGCACAAAGGGCGACUUGCCUGCUCUUGCGAAGCUUGGCUCUUUCAAAAGAACCCACUCCCAUGUAGCGCGACAGCCACAGAGCAGGACACCAUGCCAAGGAAUAUGCUAUUUGUGCCUGGCAGGUCAAGAGCAGUCAGCAGAUGGACGCCAACCAUCCAUCCCAUGGGAAGACACAGCGUUGAACCCUGCAUGGGCUGCGACAGUCGAUCAGGUGUUGCCAUGGGAUGGACGUGCAGAGCCUGUGAUCCUUCGAGGCCUGCCCAUUGAUCCAACCAGGAAGGCUAGGUUCUUCUUGACUGACAUCUGGCACAACUUCCACCUUGGAUUGUCGAAGCACUUCUGGGCAUCAAGUGUGGUUUCCUUGAUUGAGCGGCUUCCCUUGCUGCAGGCCAUGACCAUUGAGGCAGCGAUCAAGCAUCUGAGCGAUGACUACUCUCGCUUCUGGAAGCAAAGGAAGAUGAAUCCACUUGAGAAAGAGAUCAACAGGGAGGUGUUGUCCUGGCCAUAUGGCCGUGUAUGCCCAGUUGGCAAGUGGAGCAAAGGCAGUACGGCCACAGCCUUUAUGCAGUGGCUUGAGGACUUCUGCACCAGAUGUGUGGUGCAUCAGGCUCAUGAUGAGCUUCUUCUCAUUGUUGCCAAGAGCUGCAGCUCGAUCAAUGCUGCCAUUGCCUUCUGGUAUUCCUCAGGCUUUUGGAUCAGGAGUCGGCAAGGGCUGCAAAGUGGCAGGUUGGUCAUGCAGUUUGUGCAGGGGUAUGCACGCUGUGCCAGAAUCUGCUUGGAUGCAGGCACCAGCCGAUUUGCUUUGGUUCCCAAGUUGCACAUGGUUCACCACUGUGGGUGGCGCCUGAUGUCGGAGGCCCAAAGAGCUGACUGGUGCAUUUCACCAAUUGCUGAGAGCAAUCAGCAAGAAGAAGACUAUAUUGGAAAGCCUUCAAGGCUCAGCAGGCGAGUUGAUCCUAGGUUGUUGCACUUGAGGAGCGUUCAAAGAUCGCUCAUCAGUGCGAUGGGGGCUUUGGAAAGUUCACAAAGUGAUACCCGUGGACUACAAGUCACUUAG